CGUUUCCCGAUGCUUCUCGUCUCUCGAUACUCUCCGCAAAUCUCGCUUUUCAAGAAACUCGUGCGUCUUCUGCCGGCUUUCACUAUUCAGAGGACGCGACUUGCAACAAGACGAGAGAGAACAUGAGAGGGAGAAGCCGACAGAGGUUACGUUCAUGGAGUCCAGAGGGAGCAGGAAAGCGCGGAGUCGAUGGAAGAAAAAUGGAGAAAGUCGCUUGUUGACUCGGAACUAAAAGGCGCCCUCGAGAGGUCCUUCCCCGCAGCCUCGAAAGCCUCAAAUCCGGAGCAUAGACUCCUCUCUUCUCUUUCCUCUCUGUCUUCUCUUUCCGCUCUCGCGUCUCCUGGUCCUUCGCUCUGUUUUGCCUCGCUUUCGUCUGCGCGUCGGUGCUUCGCUUCUUUGCGUUUUUCUGAACUUCCGACGCCUCGCUUUCCGUCGGUUUCUUCGCUGCAUGUCGCUCUGCCUCCGCAGUACGCGUUCUCCCUGCGGUGGUAUACGCCGCCGUCGAAGCGGACUUGGUCGAAGCAGCACAACAAGAUCUUCACUCCGCGUCCUCUCUCCGAACGCUUCUCGCCGCAUAAACUUCAUCCUGAGUUCGAAUGGUGGCGCGAGCGCACCGUGCAGCCGUCUGCUCUCUUCAUGGGAUUUCCGGACCUCCUCGCUCUCCCUCUCCGCGGCGGCUCGGCGUACAUCCACGAGAUGGAUGCCGCGACUCUCGCAGUUGUCCUUGCGAGUCUCGCUCACUCGCCCUCAGCGUACAGCGUCUCUGAGAGACGGCCGCCUCCCUCUCCCUCUCCCGCCGUUUCUCUCUCUUCUUCGUCCUUCUCGCCGACGCAUCUCCCUCAACACCUCGACAGUCUCCUCGCGCUCUUGGGGAGGCAAGCCGCAGCGACGGCCGCGCAUGCGCCGGACUCCACCCUUGCCUUCCUCUUUCGCGGCUGCGCCGAGGCCGGCGUCGUGGAGAAAAAUGUCGUCUGCACCUUGCUCGGACGCGUCGAGCAGCGCCUCCCUUGCAUGCAACUCCCCGAGUGCCUCGUCCUCUUGGACGCGCUCCGGCCGGGCCUCCCUGAGGUGUACAGACACCCGCGGUUCGUGGCGCGGUUAGUCGCGCAUGCAGGACUGCUGCUGCAGUUUCGCGGCGCGGAGAGCGAGGCAGAGGAUCUCUGCGACCUCGCCUUUUCUCUCGUUUUCGCGGCCAACUGCCGAGACGCUGCUCUCCUUCAGACGACCGCUCUUCUCCUCGUCCACGGAAAACGCAUGCAGUCUCUGAACGAGACGGCGCCUCUCGCUCUUGCGCGCGCCAUGGAGGCGUUCGCAGCUUGUCGGGAUGCGGUCAACGCGCCUCUGCUCGCGGAGACAGCUGCAGCAGCAGAGAACGGGGACGCAGAAGGCAGCAGAAACACAAAGGCGGCAGAGCUCUUUUGCGCCUCGCCGCUGCUGCGCGCGCGAGAGCCAUCUGUACACUUGUCUCCAUCGGGGUGGCUGCUGCUCUCCCUCCUCUCGCCGGUUGUGCAGGCACUGCACCGAGCUGAGAAAGGCAGGAGGAAACGGAGAGGUUUCCACCAAGACGGGGAAGCUGCGGGACUCACCGCGGAACGCGAAGUGCAGAACAGAGGAGCCAGUCGAGAGAGUCACGCCCUCACAGAAGCCGCCGCUCGAGCUGCAGCAGCCGUCGCAGAGGAAACACAAACGCUGAAAAACAGAGAAAGCAGUCUUUUCAGGGGGCUCCUCAGGUGCCUCGAGAGAGUGGAUGACCAUCGAGAGAGCUUGAGUCCUGGAAGCAUGUGCAAAGUUCUCUUCGCUGCCACUGUCGCUCGCGCUGCUCCGAGUCGCGACUUCUUUCCCGACGUUCUCAAACGUCUAGGGGACCAGCUGGGUGCCUGUACACCCGAGGAUUUGUCGCGCGCGCUUUUUGCUCUCGUGAAACUUUCUUCUGUCUCUGGACUUGAUCCGCGAUGUCAAGAUCUCCUGCCUCCUCUCCUGGGAACAGUGCUGCAGGCUGUCGAGUCUUCUCUCCCCGUCGCUGACGUCGCUUCCCUCGCGCGUCUCCACAGCGCAGCCGUCUCGGCUCUCAUCUCUUCUUCGGAGACGAAGAAGGAAGAAAUGAAGCAACUUGCGGAGGAGACAAGUCGUUUGAUGCAUGCGCGCUUGGAGGAGGCCUCACCGGCACAUCUGACGGCGUUCGUGCGACACUGGGACCUCGUUCCUGCGCCGUCCGGAGCCUUUCGAGAGGCGCUGGUUGCGCAAGCGAUUCGGCAGUUGUACUUCUUCGAUGAAGACCAUCUCUCUCGUCUUCUCGAAGGCGUUACACGCCUUGCGGCCUCUUCCAAAGAUGAGACGCUGCUUGCGAGUGUGGAUGAACUUUUUCGACGCGCGGAAGAAGAGGCGACAACUGAACAGGCGUUCUUCUCCCCAGAGAGCUGUUUGCGGAUUUUUGUCUCUCUGGUUAGGUACGGGGAGGUGCGUCCGGAGGCGCCCCGAAACCGCGAGCGUCUCGUUGUCGCUUUGUGCAACUACCUGACCGGCGUCGAUUCAGUCGCCGCUGUGUCUUCGGAUGGGGCUUCAGAUCCUGAAGAACUCUGGGUCAAGGAAGACGAAGAUCUCCCCCUUCUUUUUUUUGCGGAAGACGCAAAGGGAUUUUCUCUCCGAGAAGACUCCGCUUUGGACCGAGACUCAGCAAACGAGUCUCGCCUUCAAGCUCUCUCGGCGGCUUCCUACAUUCGCCUGCUCGGCGCGCUACGGGAACUGGGAGUGAGAGGCGGCGUCCUUCUCUCGAGAGUCGCUCAGCUUCUCCACAUGAAGCGAUACGAUUUGACGGACGCCCAACAAGAAGCCGCCGCCGAGAUUUGCGCUUCUCUCGGCCUCGAAUUCCAGCUGGAAAAGCCAAGUGGAUCCAGUGCCUAAGCUCUUUUGUUGUCCCGUCUCUCUCGAAGACGUGCCGUCUCGGUUUCUGUUUUUUUCAGCUCAGUUCCCACUUGCCGCGUUUCUCGUGACAGCGAGAAUUUCCCCGCUUGUCGGAAAAACCCGGGUGGUUUUAUCACGAAAGCGGUGUGGCGUUGCAGUGUAACGCGGCUUUUCGGGUCUCUAGUACAAGCUAUUUCUCCAGUGAAAACCUCACGCUGAAGUAACUAUGUAGGAACAGCAUACUCUUACACAGAUAACAGUCAGCGUUCUCAAUAUUUGCUUGUGUGUAUCCAGGGUGUUCGACGUUAGCUGUCGGGUUUGUCUCCGAGAUGUGGGCCUUCUCGUCGAGAGGCAAAAGCAGUCGCUACCGAAUUCCCAGUUGGGUCUGUCCGGUGACAACGCCACGAAAUUCCGGCGAAAUUUCAACGUUUGGUGGACCUUCUACGUUUACAUGAAAACAAGCGUGAAACACGUG